AUGGGUGCGUGUUGUUCGUGCCAAAUGGGCGUGAGAUACCGAGGGGACUUAUCGGAUGACCAUGGUGUCAAACCAAAAGAUAGCGAGGCCGAGGACAAUGACCAGAUCAUAACCAUCGGCGAUUGUGGGGCCCGUGUGCGGUUACAAGGAUCGACCAAAUUUGUAUCCAUGUUCACUCGACAAGGACGAAAAGGGACCAAUCAGGACGCGAUGACCGUUUGGGAAAACUUCGGUGGUGAAAGGGAUGUGGUUUAUUGUGGUGUAUUUGAUGGACAUGGUCCAUCUGGUCACAAGGUGGCACGUUAUGUACGCGAUGCCUUGCCAUCGAAACUCUCGUGGUUGUUUAGAGAUUCACACGUUCAUGGGAAAAGUUGGUCGAAUCAGGAUCAUGGUUCAGAUCAAAAGGUAAUCAAUCUCAAUGAUAGUAACGAUCCCAUUCUACGUUCGUGGCAAGCAAGCAUCACUGAAUCGUUCAAAGAGGUGGACGAAGAUCUUGAAGCAGAUUCGAGUAUCGAUAGCUACGGUAGUGGCACGACGUCUGUAUCUGUACUCAGACAGGGUGACAACUUGCUAAUUAUGAACCUAGGAGAUUCGCGAGCUCUUCUUUGCACGAGAAGUAACGAUGAUAAGCUUCAUCCAGUCCAACUCACAGUCGACUUGAAACCGAGCAUUCAGAGUGAAUAUGAAAGAAUAAAGAACAGUGGCGGGAGAGUACAAGCGAUGGAACAUGAACCGAGCGUGUUUAGGGUAUGGAUGCCUGAUCAAGAUUGCCCGGGACUUGCAAUGUCGAGGGCUUUCGGGGAUUUCUGUUUGAAAGAUUACGGACUUAUCUGUGUUCCCAAUAUAUUUUACCGAAAACUAACAGACGAAGAUGAAUUUGUGGUCUUAGCGACUGAUGGAGUAUGGGAUGUGCUGACAAAUAACGAGGUGGUCAAAAUAGUUGGUUCAGUGAAAAAACGAUCAAUGGCUGCAAGAUUUCUCAUUGAUCAUGCGGUGCGAGCAUGGAGAUACAAGUACCCGGCUUCAAAAAUCGAUGAUUGUGCGGUCGUGAUCUUGUUUUUCAAGAAACAACGACUGUUGUUAUCGAAAUCAUCAUCAGAAGAUUUGGAUCUAAUAAAUUCGGAUCAUCCGGAUCUUGACGCGAUCAAGAACCCAAAAAAGACAGGGGAUGAUGGCCUCGACACUGUACUAAAUUACCAUAUUAAGGAAGAUGAAAGUAAAAUGAGAAAAGCAGCCAAGAAAAUACAGUUGAUCGAAGAGUAA